GAUGUCGCCUGAGCAAAGCCAGAGACGAGUGCGCGGGUGUAAUUUUUGCGGCGGCUGAGACGUGAGAGUGUCGACUUGCAGCUUUGCACCGUUUAAAGUGUCAGGACAGACAUUCAGCUAUGGCUAUGGCAUUGGCAGCACAAGUCUGUGAAUGGAUAAAAUUCCCUCCUGCCACACAAUCAAAAUUGCUUGAACUCAUAGGAAAGCUUAACCAAGAGAAUGUCAGCAAGUUGACAAUACUAGUGAUGGGGAAAGGUGGUGUUGGGAAAUCAUCAACUGUAAACUCAAUUAUAAGGGAAAAAGUAGUGGCUGUGAGUACUUUUCAGGUCCAAGACCUGUGAUGGCGUCAUGCACAAGGUCAGGAUUUACAUCGAAUGUCAUUGACACACCUGGGUUGGUAGAAGGAGGUUAUAUCAAUAACCAUGCACUUGAGAUUAUAAAAUGUUAUGUAGCAGCUAGAGGUGUAGAAGCUUCAAGCACUUGCAGAUUUUUAUUUUUAUUUUUAUUUCUUUCUGGCACUUGUUCGAGAAGUUAGCUUCAAUCCACUUUCAAUUCUCAUUUUUCUUUGGGGGAUGGAUUUUAACUGCAUGAGCAGUUUCCUUAUAAACAAGACCAUAGAUGUUCUAUUGUACAUCGACCGUCUGGAUGCAUAUUGAGUCAAUAAUUUGGAUAGGCUGGUUGUCAAAGCUAUUACGGAUAGCUUCGGUAAGGAAAUAUGGAAUAGAGCUUUAUUUGUCCACAGCCAUGCUCAGCUCUUCCCACCAGAUGGAUUGAACUGUGAUAUUUUCUUCUCCAAAAGAUCAGAAGCUGUUUUAGAAGUUAUUACUCAGGGUGCCCAGCUGAAGAAAGGUGAUCUGCAGGGAGUUGGUAUACCUGUUGUGUUGGUUGAAAACAGUGGAAGAUGCAAUAAGAAUGAAGGUGAUGAAAAGGUCUGCCAUUUGCAGUCAUGUUGCUGCUAGCUGUUAUCUUUUAGCAUACUUAAUGCCAUUGUUGUCAUUCGAGGGGUGCUAGUGAUACUCUUUCUGACACUCUCCUUACAGUUGGGCAAUGUGGCACAUAAAUUUCUAUGAUUGGUCAUAAUUGAAUUUUAAAUAUGUCAACUUUUAACUUCUACCACUAGUCACUAACCACAUGAAAUUUAUGUGACCCAUGUGCAAAUUAUUAGGAGAGUGUCCCUGCUAGUUGUCACUUUUGGCAUUGUUAUUACAAUAGUUUUUGACAACAGAUCCUUCCAAAUGGAGUUGCUUGGAUUCCAAAUUUAGUUAGCACCAUUACAGAAGUUGUGUUGAAUGGAAGCAAGGCUAUCCAUGUUAACAAGAAGAUGGUUGAAGGACCAAACCCCAAUGAGAAAGGAAAGAUCUUAAUUCCUUUAAUCGCACUACUUCAAUAUCCAUUCAUUGUAAAACUAAUGGUACCAGCAAUCAAGAAAGACGUUAAGAAUGAGAGCAGACUUUCAUUGGUUGAGGGGUUCUAGUGUUGAGUGGAAGGACACUGCAGCUGAGAGGAAGAGUGCUUCUUCUCAGCAGAGGAAAGCUGGUGCUGCUGGUCGAAAGAAACAAUUUGGCUAUGGAACUUGAUCUUGGAUGAAACUUAACAGUUUAAUAUGCAGUUUUUACACAUAAAUCACCUAUGUAUCCCGUUCUUCUAUUGGCAACGACAGCCUCAGUUAAGAUUAUGCGAUAAUAAUAUCCGACGGAUGGCUGACUGUUGGGACUAGAGAGAGUUAUGUUUUGUAUUCUGAGAUGAAACUUGAAGUUGGUUUUAGACUUGAUUUUUGCUAGUUACAUUUCUGUGUAUUGCAUGUCCUUUUAUCAGGUAAAUUUGUCAAUAUUUUUAGCUGAAUCUCGGCUGCUGCUGGUAUAAGUGGCUGCUAAUCAAAAUAAUAUUGAAGA